AUGCCCUUCCCCAAAUACAUCCCAGACGCACCACCCGAGGAGACCAAGUCGCAAUUCGACAAGGACCUCAAGGAUCUGCACUUGAUCUAUGACUACAAUGCGCAAAAUGUAGAGACAGGCGAGCCCGAGAAAUGGAGGUAUGAGAUGUGGUUCUUCUCGCCUGAAAGGAUAGUCUACAAGAUUCAUGGCGGGCCAAUGGCCGGACGGGUCAACUUCCAAUCUGCUGCGUAUCAGUGCAUUCGCCCAGGAGAAUUGUGGCAAUGUAACUGGCUCGAAGAAACCGGCACCAUAUGCUCUCUCGUGUACGACAUCCCUCAGAAGCGCAUCACGACCAUGCUGGGAUUCUCGCAGGGCCACUGGGAGAAAGCUGAGGAAGCCCAUGGCGACAAGCGGAAUUCGAAAGAUCUGGAGCGGUGGAGAAAGCUUGCUGAGAUUGGGAAGCAGACAGAUCGUAUACUGCUCAGCGAGCAAGCGAAGAUGGUUGAUAUCUUCCAUGGCAAAGGCGACUUGGAGCCUAUAAGUGGAAAAGAGGAGACUUUGUGA